AUGGAUAAAGAAUUUUAAUGUUGUUAAUGUUAACAAGAGUUUAAUUUACAGGAUAGAAGUCCACAUGUCCUCCCAUCCUGUGGUCAUUCAAUCUGUUAGUUAUGUGUAACUCAAUAUAUCUCAUCAAAAUUAAACUUAGUGUGCAAUGAAGACAAGUAUAUUCCAUCAGAUAUAAAUUAAGCAUCGAAUGUCAAGUUGAUAGAGAAAUCAAAUUCUUUCCUAUUAAUCAAAGCAUUAUAGUCUUAUUAAAAAAGAAACGAACUGUUCAAAGAUGUCAUACUUAUGUAACUCCAGAAGAUGCUAUUCCCAGAAUUUCAGCAGAAGAUGUUAGUGAAUUUUCAGGAGAUAGUUAAUCAAAUAUCAAUCUAAAUAAGAAUAUAUCUCAAUCACAUUCAUGUGAAAUAUUGCCGAUUAAAGAUGACUAAGGAGAUUUAUGUCCAAUUCAUUCAAAACCAUUAGAAUUAGUAUGUUAAGAAGAUGGACAAUAUAUAUGUGUUAAUUGUGCUUUAUUUGGAAAUCAUAAAUUUCAUAAUUACAAACCUAUUGAAAUCUAUGUCAAAGAAAUGGAAUAAACAUUUUAUGAUAUUACUACUAUAUAUGAAGUUGUUAAACAAAUGAGUUCCAAUAUCUAACUAAAAACUUAUAUUCAAGAAUUUUAAAACAAAAUACUCUAAUCUAAGGAUUCUAAAUUAUAAUCUAUUGAUGCCAAGUUUAAUGAACUAUUUGAUGAAUUAAAUUUUAUUAAAGAAGAAUUCAAAUCUAAAAUCACUAAUAAUUAUAAUCAAUAAUAUGAAAAUAACAAGAGAAAAAUUGAAUCAGAAUUUAUAUAACUUAAAGAUUAAGCAGAUAAAUGGUUAUCACAUACAGGAAAUCAAUUAAAUGAAUUUUUUGUUGAAAAAACUUAAAAUAAAUUAAAAAUGGAUCCUAAAGAAUUAGGAAAUAGCAAAGAAAAUGGUUCAUAAUUAAUUACUAAAAUUUAAAAUUAAUUUUCUUAAAUUGAUAUUCAAGUUAAAUUAAUCUCUGAUCAAUAACACUUUUUUAUACCUAUUGAGAAUAUUAAAAAUUAAUUUCCUCAUGAAAAUAAACUAUAAGAUUAAUUAUUAUUAGAUAGAGAAGAUAAAUUAACUGAUUCUGAUAUCAUAUAUUAAGAUAUCAAAGAUGAAAAAUUAACAUAAUCAAUGUACAUUUCUUAAUAACCAACAUAACCAGCCUCUCCUCAAUAUAAUGUUGGAAAAUCUAAUUUUUUUAGUUAAUCAACACCAGGAUAAUUCUAAAGAAAAGAUAGAAGUGUCACACUUUUAUAAACUGAACCAUCUGAAAUAAUUCCCCCAAAUACUAACAGAAAUAAGCUAUCAUCCUCCAAAUUUACUAAAGUCUAAAAAUUUAAUAAAGAUCCAAAAUUACAUGAUAAAAUUAUUAAUACACUUGCUAUGUUUGAAAAAUUUGAAAUGAUUGACUUCUCUACUCUUGGUAAAAAUUAUACUAUUUUAGAUGUAACUGAGCAAUUAAUUUUAGCCAUAGAUGAAGCACUAAAAAAUAAAAAAAUUGUCAAAGUCUUAAAAAUGAGUAAAUGUAAAAUUACUGAUGAUCUUUUUGCUAAGUUACUAUCAGUCAUUGAAGAAUCUAGGUAUUGAGGUUAAGUAUAUUUUACAGUGUUACAGCAUUGCAUCUAUAAUCCAACACAUUAACUGAAAAAGCAUUAGAUUAAAUAUUAAAUAUUGCCAAACUUAAAAAACAUUUUGAAUGCAAACAAAUCUAUUUGAAUGGCAAUAAUAAUAUCACCCUCGCUAAAGCUAAAAAAAAGAUAGAAGAAAUUAAAAAGUAUGGUAUCUAAGUAACCAUUUGA